AUGGAUUUAAUCCCACACAUAACGAGAACGGGGUAUGAUGUCAGUACUCUUGUUGCUGCGCGAAAACUCCUUUUUGUGGGUGCUAUCAGUGUGUGCAUAGCGGUGCUAGGCCUUCUGUUAUGGUUUAAGGCUGAAAUGUUCAACAACGUGGGCCCGCAUCCAAGUAAUUGGGCGGGUUACGAUGCACUGAACUUUAUUGGUCUCUUUUCCUUCGGCGUGUUUUCUACACUGGGAGUUUCUCUACUGUACGUCGGGACAAGCACUCUCGCUUGCAUACAUGGUGGCAUUUUGGGUCUUAUUUUAAUGGGGAUGCUAGGUUUGGUGUUUGUCGUGUUAGGGGGUCUAGGAGCUGUGUGGGGAAGCGAGACCAUGCAGUGCCUUGCCGUUUUUUGCACCGGGAGCACUGCCUCGACGAACCGAGGUGGCCGUCCAGAAGCCGGCGUUGCAUUCCGUUCGGGUCUUGGUUUGGCAGCGUUCUUGUCCUUCGUUCCGAUCGGAGUUGUAAUCCUCUUUCAAGCCGCACGCCGUGUAUUCGGCGUUGACCCUUUUUGGACAGGCCACAAAGGCCGUCGAUUUGUCUCAGAUCGAUUCGCACCACUUUUGAGGUUCCUGUUCGCCGUCGCGUUCGUCUCGUUUUGGGCCGUUGUAUCACUUUAUAUGCCGAACUCCUUAGAAUCGUUUUUGCCUGUGCGCAUAGCAAGAAAUGCCAGGAUGCUCAGCUCGCACAACUACACCCUGUGCCGAACUGAGCCUCAUACAUACACUUGCCCGGAUCUGCCGUGGUCGUGGAUACGCACGAGAAAUUUGGUAAUAAAUGACGAGGUAGUGCUGAAGGCGUACCCAAGUAAUCUGAUAUUCUACGGUUACUUGUUCGUUAUACUACUUACCACUGCGUUGAUUCGUUCUUUCCGCUACGGGCGGAGGUUUCUCAAGCGGAGAUGCCCAGUGUUGCGUGAUUACACGUACGGCGAGGUGGGUUUUCUUUUUCUCACUUUUUCAAUGAUUGUGCUAUUUUUUUUGUACUGGAUCCAGGGUCAUAACUUUAAGCAGAGGUACACUGACAUCUCUAAUGACACGGUAUCAUCCGAGCGAUGGUAUCGUUCAAUGGGUCAGUUGGCCGUAGCUUUUCUCUCGCUUUCCAUAUUUCCCGUGAGUCGUUAUUCUGUGCUUCACUCAAUUUUGGGGACCUCAUGGGAGUCGUCCAUUUGGGUUCAUAGGCUCCUUGGAUACGGAGCGUUGCUUGGUAUCGUUGGUCACGCGAUAGGUUGGUACGUGCGCUGCUUUGAACUGGGUGUCUUUCCACAAGGGAUUUUUUCCAUUCCAGCAGUUGAUCCUCCCGGUAACAGAGAUGACUACACAAUUCCACUUAUCACCCUUACGACACUUUUUUCCCUUGUUUCGACAAUCAUUUUUGCAUUGGAGCCCCUUCGUCGCCGCUUCUACGAGCUCUUCUACUACGCACACAUCGUCACGUUCUACAUGUUGGUACCGGUUGUGUUGUGGCAUGCGGCCUCAGCAUGGGAAUACUUCCUCCCCGGGUUGACUAUUUGGUUCCUAGACUGGCUUCUGAGGAUAUAUCGCCGUGGAUCGACAGUGGACCUCGUGUCGGCUACUGCGUCCGGCUCCUUUGUGGAGAUUCGUUUCCGACAUGGGUCGCUGGGGGCAUUACCUGGGCAGUUUGUGUUUGUAAACGUUCCCGACAUAUCGCUGCUACAGUGGCAUCCCUUCAGUAUAAUGUGUGAACACGAAGGCUAUUAUUUACUCUAUAUCAAAUCAAUGGGUGAGGGCACGUGGACAGAAAAGCUGGGUAAGUUGGUGUGUAGACGCGGAUUGAAGUUUAAACUGUAUGUUGAAGGCCCAUGUGGCCGUGCACUAGAUAUCAACGAACAUCAAAACAUUUUGUUUGUCGCAGGAGGCAUCGGUAUAACUCCAUGCGCGUCCGUAUAUAGUCAUAUCUGCGAUCGCAUGGCUCUGGGGUUGAGGAGUCCGACUCCCAUGCUUCUGUGGAGCGUGCGUGACAGGGAACUUUUGUUGUUAAUGUCGCAGCUUUGGCAGGGAGGCGACUUGUCCGCUGUUUCGACCUCGUCUACAAUCGAGGAGGCUCCCAGUGACCGAAUUCAGGUGUUUUUCACCGGCGGUUGUAAUGUGGAAGAUGGAGAAUAUACAUGUGUGGUGAAUGAACGGAUGGAUAUUUUUGACAGGAUACCGCAGGUAAUUGCCGGCAAAGAUCCCAGAACCGUGCUCUUAUUUGCCUGCGGUUCCCCCGUCCUCGUGGAGUUGGCAAGAAGUGUUGCCCAUUCCCUUGGGGUUGACUUUCACCAGGAAACAUUUUUAUUAUAA